GAUUCUGAGAAGGCCGUAGUGACGUUCGGGAAGCGCGUUGGACAAUUUUCCCAACAAAAUUUUACGAGGCGAAGAGAGACUUCGGCCGUAAGAAAACUGAAACACACACAAAGCCCCGUUCCCACGCGCUUCAACAACAUAUAUAAACCCCCACCGGCGCCGAUCCCCUCACUCUUUUUCUUCCAUUUCUCCGGCCGACGACGCCAUGGGAAGGAAGCUCGACGCUCUUCUCGGAAGGAAUUUCAGGGCCUCCAAGUUCCGUCCGCUCCUCAAUCUCGCCCUCUCUCGCCUCGCCGUCCUCACCAACCAGCGCCAUGUGAGGCGCUCUCAAGCUCGCUCUGAUGCCCUCCAACUUCUCCAAUUAGGCCACCACCACCGCGCUCUCCUUCGAGUUGAGCAAGUGAUUAAGGAGCAGAAUGCUUUGGAUGCUUAUGUUCUGAUUGAAGGCUAUCUCAAUCUCUUGAUCGAAAGGACCGACCUCCUCGAACAAGAAAGAGAAUGCCCUGAGGAAUUGAAAGAGGCAGUAUCGGGACUGAUUUUUGCGGCUUCAAGAUGUGGGGAUUUUCCAGAACUUCAAGAGAUCAAAUCGGUUUUGACCACUCGCUUCGGCAAAGAGUUCACUGCUCGUGCUGUUGAAUUACGGAACAACUGUGGAGUCGAUCAUUCGAUAAUGCAAAAACUGUCUACCAGGCAGCCAAAUUUGGAGAGCAGAAUGAAUGUGCUGGAAGCCAUUGCUUCUGAGAAUAACAUUGUUCUGCAACUCGAUGAACAUCCUCUUUCCAAUGAGGAAAAGUUUGCCCGAAACAGAAGGCAGAAUUACCAGCAGGAGCCUAAGGCUGAAGUGGGGGACAAUUUGCAAUUCUCUGCUGAUGUUCCAUCUGGUUCUAUGCAAGCUAAACAGAAGUACAAAGAUGUGGCGGAUGCAGCUCAAGCUGCUUUCGAAUCAGCCGCUCAGGCGGCAGCGGCUGCCAGAGCUGCCAUGGAGCUCUCCCGCUCUCAAUCACAAGAUCCUGAUGAUCCAAGCACCCCAAAACCUGGCUCUGGAAGUACAAAUAAGAGACAAGAGCAAAAGAAAUCCGAGGUAGAAUCGAAACCGAAACAGGAAAUCGAAUACCAAAAUCGAAGAGAAGAAGAAGAAGCAGGCAGCAAAAUCACAGCAGAAGUGAAGAACUCAAUGCCUGCUUCGUUUUCUCCAAGUAGAGAAGACAGUGAAAUGGAGGAGCAGAGAGCUCCAAAUGUUGAAACUGGCUUGGACAUGGAAACAGAAACAAAGCCAGAACUCACAGAGGAAACUCAGAAGCCAAGCUUUGGCUUAAAUCUGGAGAAGAAGCCAAUGUCAGUGAGAACAAGGAGAGUUCGUGGAUUCUGAAGAACAUAUGUAAAUUUGUAAUUGAAAAUUGGGUUUUACGUGCCCAUUUGGUUUUGGUUUUGGUUUCUUUCUAAAUCUUUUUUUUUCCUUCUUUUUUGGUUUGGAAAGAUCGUGGAAAGAGUGUGUAAUUAAAUGAUUUAGGAAUUUUGGUAAUGUAUGGGAAUUCAACAUUUUUGUUUGUUUACAUGAUGUAUUGUAUUCACAGGAAUUUGACAUAUUGACCUUUUUA